AUGGAGCGCAGUCGCGGCGUCCCUGACGCCGAGCUGUUUCUAAGCAAACCCUCCGAGGAAGACUGCGACAGCCCGACCGUCGAGCCUCUGAGAAUAUUCAAGCCUCAGAGCCCCAAGCCGUCCUCUUCCGACCGCUUCAAGUACCCCGCCCCUCCGUCCGCCUCGGGCACCCCGUCCUCCUUCACCUCCAAGCCGACCUUUCCUCUGCCUCCCGGCGCCUCGAGCUCCGCCGCGCCUCUUCCGUAUCCCGACGAAGAAGACCUCCGUCCUGGAAAACCGAGCAAGCCUACCAUCACUGCCCCGAAGCGUUUUGGCUCCGACUACAAUGAUACUACCCCGCGCUUGAAUGCCACCAGCCCUGUUGAGACCAAGAGCCCGACCCUCGCAGAGCGACGCGGCGCUGGUCCGCGGCCUCUGGGAGCUACUUCUCCAACAAGUCCUGGCGAGGAGGGUAACUUCUUUGCGAAGCCCUUGAACGCUCCUCAGCCCCAGCGCCCGGCCGCUUCUACGACGAACUACCCCUCUUACACCAAGAAGCCGUACUAUCCUCCUCCCGUGGGCGCAUCAAGCUCAACACCUCCUGCUCAGAGCUACGCUCCAAGGCCGCCUUCUCAGCCUCAGUCUCAGAGCUCUGAGCAUCUCGACAUGCCUGGCCAGAGCAACGUGAACAGGUUCGCUUCCACUGCCUCCACCUCUACCACACGCGCCAGCAGAGGUUCUCCACCCCCUCCCGAGACCCCGAUCGUUGAGCCGGGAGUGAUCCCUGGCGGUGGCAUCGAGGCUCGAUAUGCUGCUUCUGGUAUUUCGGGCACGGCAACUUUGACCGGCCUUCAGGCGCAACAAGUCCAAAACUCUGCUGCUUCUCAGAGAUUGGCGCAAUAUGGCGGGGCACCACCGCCCGCGCGACCAUGGACACCUACUGAGAACCCAGAGAACCAGCCUCAUGGACCUCCCACAGUGUACCAGGGUAUGAACCAAGUGGCGAGCCCUACUCAACCCACGUUCAGUCCUCCUCCUCAACAAGCGGUAAACGAGGGAGACCAGCCUGCCCUGCAGGUGAGCGUCUUGGAGCAAGACUUCGCACGCAUGAAUGCGAACGACCCUCCCCCAGCUUACUCGAGUGUCAACCCCGGAGGCAACUCGUCCUACCCCGCCGAGAAGCAGCGUCCGGCUCGGCAACGAGCAGACUCGCAGCCGUCUGUAGCCACAUCUGUCGCACAAUCUCCCCCAAAGAAGCCCGCAACGGCUGGUCCCGCGGCUGCAGGGCUUGCGUCGCCCGCUCUUCAAGGACAUCCGGCUUUCGCCAAUGAUCCCCGACCAGAGCAGCAGAAUGGAUCUCCAGGACCGGCCCAACAGCCGCAAGCACAAGCACAAGCACAACCUGCGGCCACUCCGGUUGCGCAAACUGCACAAGUUCCUGCCAACUUUCAAAACGCUGGACCAUCCUCACCCCCUCCGUUGCCCGAGGGCUGGAUCGCUCAUCUUGAUCAAAACUCUGGUCAAUACUACUACAUUCAUCUUGCCUCCCAGGCUACCCAGUGGGAGUUUCCCAAGGGGCCCAACCCGAUCCAACAUGAACAGGCGCCUCUGUCGCCUACGGCCUCGACAUACGGCAAUCCCCUCGCAUCCCCCAUGUUUGGCAAGCAGAGCAUGGCGUCCCCAAUGUUCCCUCCUCAUACCCCUGGCUAUGCUGAGAGCAUCAUGAGUGUCGCCGUAUCGCAGACUCCCACUACCGCCGGCUUUUCUGGGCCUCCUCCCAGUGCCGGUGUUGACAUGUACAAGAUUCAGCCAACGAACGGCGUCUACUUUGGGCCGUAUCUGCGCUACUGCAAUAUGGACAUGGAGAAGGGGACGUGGUUGGGCAGUAUCAUGAUCGUGACUGAAGCACCGCAGCCUCCUACGAUCCAUCUUCACUUGAGCGCCGACCUCUCUCCUAAUCCGCGACAGUUGGUGCCGCACAAUAUCUACACUCAUCAGCGCUGGUCGUUUUACAAGUACGAUAUUGAGUUGCCCAUGAGCGAGAAUAGCACCGAGAGAUGGACUUAUGCCGUGACGUCCCACCUAGGAUGCACAAGAUAUGAGUUUGUCGUUGCCGGUCGUCACGAGAACGGCUGGCGCUUCAUUGCACACUCCAACAACGACUUUGCUGCAUCGACGUCUCAGAAUGAGCGCUCUAAGCUAGGUGGUGUAGGCUUCAUGUGGAAGGAUGUGCUGCAAAAGAACGUGGAUUGCGGAGGUUUCCACGUUCAGCUCGGCUUGGGUGACCAGAUUUACGGUGACAGGUUAUGGAAGGAGGUGCCUCUUCUGAAGCAGUGGCUGGCCAUGAGCGGCAGAGAUAACAGGAAAAACGCACAGUGGACUGCCCGCCAUGAGGAGGACGUUUCGCAUGCGUACUUCCACUACUACACCAGUCACUUUGACCAGCCGUACCUGAGAGAGGCCUUUGCUCAGAUCCCUCACAUUUUGCAGGUUGACGACCAUGACAUCUUUGACGGCUUCGGUUCGUACCCCGAGUACAUGCAGGGCUCGCAGAUGUUCAAGAACGUCGGCCGCAUAGCCAUCGAGAUGUACCUACUUUUCCAGCACCACACGACCGUGGAGAUUCUCCGCAACGUCAGCAAUGACACGGACUUGUUCACAAUCACCGGCCAGGGCUGGCACUUUGUGAAGUAUCUUGGACCUGCUGUCGUUGUCGUUGGACCUGACUGCCGAUCUGAGAGAAACCAGACCCGGGUCAUGGCCGGCCCGACCUACCAAGGGCUUUUCCCCAAGGUCGCAACGCUACCUCCCAGCGUGCAGCACUGCAUCUGGAUGGUGUCAGUUCCUCUAGUCUACCCUCGUCUUGAGGCAGUUGAGAGCUUGGCCACUGCAGUUACUACUGGCAAGAAGGCGGUCAACAUGUCAUACAACUUGCUCGGCAAGGUCACCAGUUCAGUGGCCGGUGUUGUUGGUGGAAAGGAGGUCGUGGCACAGGGCUUCACGCAGGUAAAGAAGGCCGUCGGAAAGUCUGGUCUCAUGGGCAAUGUCCUCAACCAAUUCGGAGAGAUUGAUCUCGCGGAGGUGUUGAAGGACAUGUGGACUCACGAGUCGAAGGAUCUGGAGAGGACGUACCUCAUCAGGACCCUCCAGGGCAUCGCACAACAGAAGGGAAUUCGCAUGACAUUUAUGUCAGGAGACGUCAACUGUGCGGGUGCAGGCUUGGUCCAUGAUCCCACUCAUCCCAGCGACCACAAGACGAUGUACCAAAUCAUCACGUCGCCCAUUGUCGCCCAACCCGCCAGCAACUACAUCUUGAAAUUGCUCCACAACAACAAGAGCCUCUACGUCCCUCAGAACGGCCACAAGUCCAACCAUGAGGUGUCAGACACCAAGGAGGACAUGAUGGAGAUCUUCCACACCGACGCCAGCGGCUCAGCGCGCGAGCUCAAGAAGCUUAUGGGCCGCAGAAACUACGUCGCCGUGGUCGCUUACGAUCCGGAGGCCAUCCCGGGUACUCAGUACGCAGCCAACCAGGCCAACGGCCAAGGCCUGACGAAGCUGAGCUUGGCCGUGGAUUUCGUUGUGCAGGGCGACGGCGCUUUCACAGCGCCGACGAAGUAUGGCCCGGUCAUUGUGCCCCACCUAGGAUAG